UAGGCACCACAAGUGAAGUUGAAGAGAUUGCUGGCGAAGAAGUAUUUGCUGCCACUCCUGAAGAAGCUCUCGAAGAUGAACGUUUCAGUAAGGGUGUUUUCACUUUAGAAAAGGGUGAACACAAGAUCACUAUCAAGGCUACUGGACCUUAUGAAGCUGGUACUGCUGCCAUCCGUGUUUUGGACCACUCCAAUGUUGCUUUCUUCAAGAAGGGCAAGUGGGACGAUGACGAUGAUGAUGACAAAUGGGGUCGUGGCAAGGGCUGGGACCAUGGCAAGGGCUGGGAUCACGACAAGGAUUGGGAUCACGGACAAGGAUUGGGAUGAUGACAAGGACUGGGACCAUGACAAGAAGUGGAAGCAUCGUAAAGACUGGGACGAUGACAAGGAAUGGGACCAUGGUAAAGACUGGGAUGAUGACAAGGAGUGGGACCAUGGUAAAGACUGGGAUGAUGACAAUGAAUGGGACCACGGUAAAGAUUGGGAUGAUGACAAGGAGUGGGACCAUGGCAAGGAAUGGAAGCACCGUAAAGACUGGGAUGACGACAAGGAAUGGGAUCACGGUAAAGACUGGGACAAUGAUAAGGAUUGGGACCAUGGCAAAGAAUGGGAUCACGGCAAAGGCGGCAAGCACUGGGGCAAGAAGAACAAGGGAUGGUUUGAGCAUGAUGACUACAAGGGACAUGAUGACUACAAGGGCCACGACGACUACAAGGAACACGAUAACCACAAGGAUGACCAGAAGGAUGACCACAAGGAAAACAAAGACUUUGAUUUAUCUCCUCCCUACUACGACCUUGACUAUAGCCAUACUGUUACUGUUACCAAGACUGUGUGGGUUGAAGGAACAAUUCCAACUCCUGCACCUGGUGACCCAAUCGUUCCUGUUAUUCCGCCUACGAAGGAUGACAAUGACAAAGACUUCAAAAAGACUCACGACCACCCUCCUUACCAUGACCGUGACCAUGACAAGGAUCGUCUCCACUUCCAUUAAAUGAUAACAGCUGACAGUCGCAACUAUAAAUAGAAUUUUAUUUAUCUUUUCGAACUACACUUAAUUUUUAUUUGUUUAUAAUAAAGUUUCGAAUUUUUCUUUUAAAAAGUU